AGGCGCUCAAAGGUGCAGCAGCCAGGCGGCCCGAGUCCCGGGCACCGCAGCUGGGAUCAGAGUCCGGGCGGGACGCAGACGCGGAACGGGAGAAGCGCCAGCCCAGAGGAGCUGCCACCCCGCAGAGGGGGCACAGUGUCUUGGGCGGAGCGGAUUUCUUCCCGCGCGUCCAGGGCACCGCCUGGGACCCGCCAAGCCCGCCGCGAAGCUUCCUCUCAGAGGGGACGCAGUGGCCCUUGACCCUGCGCCCUUCGCCCGGCGCCACCUGCCCGCUCAGCCGCCGCGAGGAAGGGGCUCCAGCCAAGGACAGGGGUCUGCGGCCAUGGCCGAGGCCACAGAGCCAGAGGGGGGCCCGGGUCCCCAGGGGUCGCUGGAGGGCCAGGCGCUUGUGGCGGAGAGACCGGACGAGCCCGGAGCCGCGGGCUCGGAGGCGAAGGGGGAGGAGGCGAGCGAGGGCGCCGGCGAGACGCCGAGGGACGAGGGGGCGGGCGCAGCCGCGACGGCCGCGGUGAAGCGGGGAGAAGACGCGGGGCCAGACGGAGGGCGCGCGGGAGAGCUGGCGCCGGGCGCGGGCGGCGACCCGGGGGCCGAGACGCGGGGAGCGGGCGGGGCGCAGGGCGGGGCGGAGGCCCCGGAGGGCGCCCCGGAGGGAGUGGAGGGUCCCCGGGCAGGGGAGGAGUUGAGCGGCCCGGAGCAGGUGGAGGACACGAGCCCCGGGAGCGGCGCGCAAGGCGAGUUCCCGGAGGAGGCGCAGGGGGAGCCCGAGGAGCCCCCGACCCCCAGGCCAGAGAAGGGGGCGGCCCGCGGCCCCGGGGAACCGGGAAGCGGCGCGCCCGGCGCGCCAGGGGCCGGCAUGGAGUCCGAGGGGCUGGCGGCAGUGGCGCCCGGGGCCGAGGGAGAGCCCGGGGCCGGAGGGGACCGCAGCCCGCAGCCCCAGGGGGAGUCUCUUGAGGCCACAGUGACGGACAGUGGGGGCUGCAGCCUCGGGGGGCUUGUAGGGGAGUUUCGGGGUGCAGAGGUGGGAGCUGCGGAGGAGGCUGGGGCCCAGGGGACAGAGGAGGCAGAGCGGGCAGACGUCGGUGAGGACGGGGACCAGGAGGGACUCGAGAAGGAGGUGGAGGUAGCAGAGGAGGAGAAGCAAGUGCUUGGCCCAGACGGGGCAGGCGAGGACGCCGCCGCCGGGGGCGACGAGGGGGCCCCCGGAGGCAGCGCGGAUGGCGAGACCCGGGCCGCGGAGCUCAGCAACCACCUGGCAGAGGAGGGCAGCGCCGAGGGCGCGGAGGUGACGCGCCUGAACGGCGGCGGCGAGGACGGCGAGGCGCCCGAGGACGGGGCUGCGGGCCGGGAGCACGACAUCACCCUCUUCGUGAAGGCUGGCUGUGACGGCGAGAGCAUCGGAAACUGCCCCUUCUCUCAGCGGCUCUUCAUGAUUCUCUGGCUAAAGGGCGUCAUAUUCAAUGUGACCACAGUGGACCUGAAAAGGAAACCCGCGGACCUGCAGAACCUGGCUCCGGGCACCAACCCUCCUUUCAUGACGUUCGACGGUGAGGUCAAGACGGACGUGAACAAAAUCGAGGAGUUCCUGGAGGAGACACUGGCGCCCCCGAGGUACCCUAAGCUGGGGACCCAGCACCCUGAAUCAAACUCUGCAGGCAAUGACGUGUUUGCCAAAUUCUCGGCAUUUAUAAAAAACACCAAGAAGGACGCCAACGAGAUGUACGAGAAGAACCUGCUGCGGGCCCUGAAGAAGCUGGACCAGUACCUGAACAGCCCGCUGCCGGAGGAGACGGACGCGGACAGCGCGGAGGACGUCGCCGGCUCCGGGAGGAAGUUCCUGGACGGGGACGAGCUCACGCUGGCCGACUGCAACCUCUUGCCCAAGCUCCACAUCAUCAAGAUCGUGGCCAAGAGAUACAGAGAUUUUGAAUUUCCUUCUGAAAUGACCGGCAUCUGGAGAUACCUGAACAACGCCUACGCUCGGGACGAGUUCACGAACACGUGCCCCGCUGACCAGGAGAUCGAGCACGCCUACUCGGACGUCGCCAAGAGAAUGAAGUGAGGCCGAGGGUUCUGUUCUCGUUGGUGAGCCAGGCCAGGCAAAGAGCGUUCUCUGUGUUUCUCCACCGUCCGCACCCUUCGCGAGAGAGCACUCCCACCUUAGUAAGGCCACAUCCUCGGCCGGUCCACUCAGCCCCGAACAGGACGAGGCCUUGCUGGCGGUCCUCCUCUGCACCGAGCAAUACCAGCCGCGGCUGUCCUGCACGCCGACUGUCCCGUUCGUCCUAAUCGGUGUCUCCGACUUUCGCUGACUCGUGAUCCGUGAUAUUUAGGGCAUGUGUUUUGCCGUAUAAGUUUCAAAGCAAAUUCGGUUUGGGUUCAAUUCCUCCUCUAAUUAAAAAAAAAAUGUGUCUGUCUCUGAUCGUUUUCAUAAUCAUGUGUAGCCUGUUUCUCUCCUUUAAAAUAGGAUUGUAAUUUUUCCCCAGAAUGGAAAUCCUGUUUUUGUAAUGACAGAAUAAAUAGGUGCCUAUCUUAACAUUUUAAAACUGUGAGGGUCAAACUGCACGGCAAGGCCACAGUUAUCAAAACAGCAUGGCACUGGCAUACAAACAGACGUGCGGGUAAAACAGUCACAAUGAAGCAAUGUCAGAGUGGAAAGAUGGAGGAGAAAGGCCGCCUGGAGUUUCAUUCCCCUUAGGUAACUACCGGUCACGGGCGGGGAACGUCCCCAGCUCCUCCGUCUCCGUCUCUCACACCCAAACUGCAUUCGGGCGGCGUUGCGUCGCUUUGUUCUGAAG